CUGUCUCCGGUACGAGUCUCUCCGUUGAUAGACGCCGUAGGGGAAGUAUCGUCCCGAGGAGUAGCGUCGCGGUGCCUCGACUGCGUGGAAAGAGUGUAGCCGGCGUUGCUCGAAGGUCAUUAUCGAACCAAAGCGGCACGCCGAAGAUGUCGGAGGGGAACGUGAAACCAGAGCCGCAGGCCAACACCCCGGCGAAGGCGGCUAACGAAAAUGCCCAGGAACGUGCACCUGGAGGAGGCGGCGGUGGCGGAGGUGGAGGCGGCGGCGGCGGCGGCGGAGGAAAUGUCGGCGGAGGACCCGGAGGUGGCGGCGGCGGCGGUGGCCGCGGAGGCGGAGGUCGUGGCCGAAAAGGAGGUUCGCGAUUUUCCGGAGGCCGAGGAGGCGGCCCCGGAGGCGGUGGAAGACCCAACGAAGCCAUGAUGAAAAUGAAUGACACGAUGGAGGGGAAUAUGGAUAGUUUAUUGUCCGAGGGUAUGGGUAUGACUGGAGGUAUGAUGGGCAUGGGUCGUGGAUCCAUGCGUGGCGGUAGAGGUGGCCGAGGCGGAGACAGAGGAGGCAUGACAAAUCGUUCACAAGAUGAACGAUUAAUGGAGAGGAUAAUGUCCAUCAGUGGACCUACACAUGAACUACCACCGCAAGAUACCACAGAAAAGAAAUUUAGUGGCCGUAAUCGGUUGUAUGUUGGAAAUCUGACAAAUGAUGUUACAGAACAAGAAAUUCAGCAAAUGUUUGCGCCAUAUGGAGAGGUUUCUGAAAUGUUUGUCAACAAAGAAAAGAAUUUUGCAUUCCUUCGCAUGGAUUAUCGAGUAAAUGCUGAGAAAGCAAAACAUGAACUAGAUGGUACGAUGCGUAAAGGACGUGCUAUCAAAGUUCGAUUUGCACCUCACUCAUCAACCAUUAAAGUGAAAAAUCUUACGCCAUGGAUUUCCAAUGAACUACUAGAACGAGCUUUCAGUGUAUUUGGAGAAAUUGAACGAGCUAUUGUUAUUGUGGAUGAACGUGGAAAAACUUCGGGUGAAGGAAUAGUCGAGUUUUGUAGAAAACCUUGUGCUCAGCUGGCUUUGAGGAAGUGCACGGAUGGCUGUUAUUUUCUCACAGCUUCUCUACGUCCAGUCGUCGUGGAGCCAUUCGAACAGCAAGAUGAUGUGGAUGGAUACCCAGAAAAGAAUUUACCCCGUAAAAAUCCAGAAUUUUUCAAAUCUCGUGAUGUUGGUCCUCGAUUUGCCCAAAUUGGUAGUUUUGAGCAUGAAUACGGAACCAGAUGGAAACAGCUUCAUGAAUUAUAUAAACAAAAAGAGGAAGCUUUAAAAAGAGAAAUGGCAAUGGAAGAAGAAAAGCUUGAGGCACAGAUGGAAUUUGCGAGAUAUGAGCAUGAGACUGAACUUCUUCGAGAACAAUUAAGAAUACGCGAAGCCGAUCGUGAGAGGCAGAAGAGAGAAUGGGAACUCAAGGAGCGACAAGCUGAAGAGCAGCGAACUCGUGAAGAAGAAUUACGGAGAAGACAGCAAGAAGAGAUGGCUAUUCGAAUUAGAAGGCAGGAAGAAGAACUACAUAGACGCCAACAGGAAAAUAAUAUGUUUAUGCAGGAGCAAGCAAUGCGAGGAGGUAGUGGUAGUGGAAAGAAUUACGAUUCCGUCAGUAAUAGUGAUCGAGAUGGAUAUGGUCAAGCUGAUGGUGCGAGCAACUUACCGGUGGAUCCCAAGUCCUUCCUGGAUGCGUACAAUAGCAUGGAUCGAGGCACUCGCGGGGUUUACAAUGACGACCGCGGUCAGAUCAUGGACCUGAUGGACAUGAGGGUUGAAAUGGGCGGUAUGGGCAACAUGGGUGGUAGCAACCGUGGAAGCAAUAGCGGUGGUGGUCGCUGGCAGGGCGGCAACGACCGCAAUCGCCAGGACGAGUAUCCUAAUAAGAGGAGGCGCUAUUAAGGGAGUCCUGUUGGGGGAUUCGGAGAUGUCGCGUCAGGAGUGCGUCGCUCGAAAACUCGAAGGAAUCGUCCAUGUCGAUCGCAUUGCAUAUCGGGAUGCCCGACAACGAUUAAACCACGGUCUCUCUGUGAUCAGCCAUUAAAUCCGUUCGCCCAGGGAACCAUUCGGAGGAGUCCAAGUCUGUCUUCUCUUCUUGAUUAAACUCGGGAAAUCCCCGGAGGUGUCAAGAGUGUCUAGGGAUUUUUUAAAGUCGCCGUCCCAAGUGCUCUUCCACGUGUCGAGGAAAUUCUAGGUCGCCCCUGUUGGCGGAAGUCCUCAGGCUGGCGUCUCUGAGAUCGUUCUUGAAACUCGGUUGCGAUGCCGUGAUAGCAAAAAUGAAUUUUCAGACGAGAUUACGAUGACAAUGACAAAAAUGACGACGCUUAUCUUGGCAGAUGUCGGCUUGGGGGUCGAGGAUUUCCAUGAUGUGUGGAGUCGUUUCGGACGAUUUUUGGAGUUUGAAAGGAGAAAAGGCGAACUUUAACUUCGAGGUGGACGGUCGUGUUUAAUGGCUCGUUAUUGGGACUGGGAUGUGCGAUUGGGUUAUUGUUGUCGGACGUAACGAUGUAGGGUAAUCGACGUGGAAUAUUCAUUUCAAAUGUUCUAGCAACGCGGUGUUUCGGAAACAAGCAGAUUAGACCUUCUAAUCGAAGUUGGUUUCGCACGGCAAUGUUGACACAGGUCAUAUUCCGAAUCGAGCACGGCUCGAUUUGUACCUUCGAUUAGACAACACGCUGCUUCGCUUAUUGCGAUUAUAUUACCAGUUAUCAUCAUCCUGCUACCAUCGCUUUAUACAUUGCGUAAGGUUAAGACUAUCGUUAACUGUAAGGACACGCGGGUGGUUCGUGACAGAAGUGUGAACGUUUGCCCUCCGGAACGAUUCUAAUUCGUGCAGAAAGUUGAGAAGGAAGGAUUAUCGAUCUAAUAGUAUUACGAGUCUAGGUACGUCUCUUGUCGGUAUUAUACUUGUACGUUCAUAUGUGUCGCGAAACAUCGACGGUGAUGUCGCUGAUGACAAGAACUGUACGUUCUCAUUGUCCCAAGCUUUAUGGAGUAAUUAAACAUUUAUCAUUAGAAUAAGAUCACUACGAUUAAAGGGCCAGCCACGCAUACGGGCUACCUGAACCUGUGUGAAGUAUCUUAUUCGUCGGAGACAAACUUUACCAAUAAAGUUUAAACGAUCUUUAAAGGAUAUUGUUGGACUGGAUUUGUCACCGAUCAGAGAUUGUCGGACGCAGUCUAACUGAGAUUGGUUUUUUCGUAUCGCGUAUAUUUCUGGAUUUUAACAGUGUAAUUUUUCUAUUAAUUAUACGAUAAAUUCUAUUUACAAGGUGAUGUUCGUGAUCGUUAUAAUGGACUCGAGACUUCGGAAUGUAGGCACCUCGGACGGUCUCUCUUCGGUACAAUUAUUCAUUUUUGUUUUCAUGCAAAGAAAUUUAACAAAGGAAAACAAACCAGUACCCCUGGUGUAUGAUGCCUAACAAGGUUUCAAUUGGACUCGUGAUCAAGGUAGAAUAUUAUGUCAUUUUAUUUAUAUAUAUUUUUUUUAUUUAGAAACGAAGGUAUAAACGCAAAGUACUCGUCUGAUUACUGCGAAUUUGUACGGUUGACGACUAAUUAGGUGACACUUUUAUAAGCCGUGACAUCAAAACUAACUUUCGUUCGGAUGUAAACAUUCUUUUGCGUUAUCAUUUUCGGACCUAAUUUGACAUUUAUAGCAAACGAGAAUAAAGGAGGUAGAGGUGAA